ACUUUUUCAAGGAGUACAAACCCACAGCAAAUGAUUCGUUCACUCUACCCAAGCAUGUAAUAUAUCUGCUGCUGGCUGUAAGUGUGACGGGCGUCACUCUGUUCGCCAUCGUAAGACACCUCGUCAAAGAUCUCAUCCAUGAUCUGGCAGAUUAUCUGUUUGGAGAGCAGCCUAUGGAAGAGCAGGAGAUUCCCUGGGAAAGGCGAGAUAAGUUCAGGGUAGACUGGAUUCCAGAAGCAAUGCCUGAGCUGGAGGCCAUGGUGAAAGAAGAGCAAGAACUCAUGGAGGGCACCGAAGACUUGCCAGCCAUCUGGGUUAUAUCAGACAGCUUUAAGCCUUGUGCUCCAUCCUCCAUUCAAAUAAGUGUUAGCUGCAGCUAGCAUGAAAUAAGUACAAGACUCAGCAUUUCUCAUCUGAAUACCCACACUAAUGAGCUUAAAUCUGAUAAUGAACACCACAAAAAAAAAAAAAGUAAUUGUCUCACCUAUAUAGUUCACAUGCAGUUUUCUUCUAAAAGACCUCAUUUUUUCCCUCAUGAAACUGCUUGGCAAUGCUUUCUGACUGACAUCCUUGGGAUAUAUCAAAUGAAAACUGAAGACAAUUUGAUAGUCAGCAGCAUGUGGAAUUGGGAUGCAUGUGGUUUGGAUGACCUCACCUUUUUUUUGGCAAUCUGUUGCACAAAAUCUUUUUUUAAUUUAAUAUUUGUGUAACAUCAAUUCUCAAUAGACGUUCUUGAGUCCUUACAUCAGUUUAGACUGGCAUGACCUUCUGUUCUAUUCCAGCCUGGAAAGUAAAUCUUUUGCCUUUACAACAUAACAGCAUGCAACAUUGUCAGUGGGAUAUUACCUAACAGUAAUCAUGCACACUUACUCUGUGAGUAACAUGCUGUGAUCUCUCUAAUGGAUUUUGUACUUUGGACACCAAGAAUCCUUCACAUAAUUUGCAGACGACUGAGAGGAACACAGCAGUGUGUGCAUACUGUAAAUUCACCAUGUUCCAUCCACAGAAUAUUGUUGCCUUUAUAAUACUCCUUGUCUCCAUUUGUCAAGCUGAAGCUGGUGGUCAACGAGCAACAUCAGAUACAUCUAAGGUCACUUUACAGCCGUGGCUGGUGGGACUGGCAGCUGUUAUUGGUUUCCUCUUUCUCGUCUUCGUCCUCCUCAUUGUGCAAAGACUCUUUUUCAAGAAAGACAAAGAUGAGUUAGAGGAAAAAGAGGAAAAAGAGGAAAAGCAUGAAUUUUACGACAACAAAGCGGCUGAUUUGGAGGCAAACGAGGAGACCAAGCAGACCAAUUUCUGAGAAGAACAGAUGAACACAGUCCUGCAACACAAAAGUCUUUCACUCUCUGGAAAUUAUGCCACUGUGAAGAGUAAUUCUUAAUUAGAUAUCAUCUUAUGUAAUAGAUCAUAUAUUAAUAUCAUUUUAACUUAUACAUUUUGGUCUGCGUUUUUUUAUGUCUUUGUAAGUGUUGUUCCUUACAUCAUCCACUAGAUGGAGCAGCCUUCACUCUGUCACAGCUUAAACCUAAAGUUAAAAUAAAAAAGGUUAAAAUAAAGUGGUGCUCUCUAAUACUUUUUUUUAUUCCCAAUGCAAGUUUUAAUGCUUUGGUGUAACUGUAACUGAAAUACUUAAAUUUGAAACAUUUAUUAGGAUAGUGAGACCACUGGAAGAGCACAUGCUCGGUGUGUCACCUCAUGCACAUAAUGCUCUGAUUAACUGGCUUUUGACUCCUAUGACAGUUCUGGGUUGGGCAUGUAUAUAUGCUAAAUGGACAAGGGUAUGAGAUCCAUUACUCAUUUUGAGUGGCAGUUUGGACAUGUUAAAUGCUUCCAGUGAAAUGACGUAACACGGUUUUGCUUUUGGAACCAUUUGUUCAUCCCGGGGGAUUGUAUGAUGAAAAUAUCAUUUGCAGAAAUAAUGGCCAGGUGUUCAAUUGUGUUAAUGGUGGGGACCAUUAUUCUUGUGUUUAAAGUAGACUUUGGUUAGAUGUCACCUAAAUAAACCAUCUGUGAUUAGUAAAACUUGUUGAGCUGUUAGUGAUUCAAUAAAUUACCUAAAAUAAUGUACGCUUUUUAUAUCGAUAUGGUGAAAAAAAAUCUAAUAAAGCUAAUCUUCAUGUUAAA